UUGCCGGCCAGCUUUCGCUUUCUUUCUCCUCGAUCUCUAUCCCGGCCUCCUUCUCUCUUUCCUUCCUGCAGGGAUAAGUACUUAGAGCUCAGCUAGGGUUGGUGCAUGCUUUAAUUUAUUUCCUCUGAUCCGAACCGAUCCCUUGCACAUCAAGCCUUGAUCGCCCUUUUCGACCUCUCUCUAUCUCCCCUCCCAAACACAGAUUAAGCUAGGUCAUCAUAUCAUUAGACAGAUCAAGACCAAGCUAGCUAGCUAGCUAGCUUGAGAGUUAAGAGUUAAUCCAAUUAAUUAGCUCGAUUGAUCAGGCGAUGUCGGCGCAGGGCGACACGACGCUGACCAAGUUGUUCGUGGGCGGGCUGGCGUGGGAGACGACCAAGGAAGGCGUCCAUGGCUACUUCGAGCAGUUCGGGGAGAUUGCCGAGGCCGCCGUCAUCGCCGACCGGAGCACCGGCAGAUCCAAGGGCUACGGAUUCGUUACGUUCCGUGAGGCGGCGGCGGCGACGAGAGCGUGCUUGGAUCCGUACCCGGUGAUCGACGGCAGGAGGGCCAACUGCAACCUUGCCUACCUUGGGCUCCACAAGCCCAAGCAGCCUCUGCAAGGGCCAUAUGCUGCAGUGACUCAUGUCCAUGGCGGGGGCAACAACAACACGAGGGCAAUGAAAGCUGCUGCCAUUGCUGGUGGUGGUGGUACCAGCUUCUUCCCAGAUCAUGGCAUCCAGCAAGGGAUCCCAGCAGCUGCUGCUUACAACGUGUAUGGGUACUCUCCAUAUUUCUCCGACUACAGCUAUCAGCCUCUGACCUACUACCAAGCGUACGGCGCUAGUCUCGCCGGUGGAGCGCCGCCGUCGUACCAGGUCUUCAACGGCGCCGGUGCGGUGACGGCAAUGGCGGCGGAUCCUACUGGGCUGAUCUAUCCAUACUUCCAGCAAUACGGCCCAGCCGCUGGUUACAACAUGCCGCCGAUGGUGUACCAGCCGCAGUACGCUGCGGCCGGCGGCGGCGCCGUCGUCCCUGAUGUGCAUCCUGUCGGCCAGGCAGCACUUCAAGCUCAGGGCACGGCAAUGGCGCCUAUGACGGCUCCAGCUCUGCCUCAGUACAUGCUCGUCUCUUCCAUGCCUGUUGCUCCUGUGACAGCACCAGACCAUCAGAAGAAGAAGCCCUUAAGCUCGGCCUAGAAAACCAUGGCUGCCUUGCCUUGCCUUGAUUAAUUAAGUCUGCAUCUUCUUCCUACAUGCAUGCAUAUCCCUGCACUAAUUAACUUAGUAGUGGUACUAAUCAUCUUGAUGCCAAUAUAUAACCACCUUGUGUCGAUCGAGUGGUGCAUUUGGCAAGCUAGCUAGUUAACAAAGGACAGUCCAAUUUUCCUCCGUGUGGUCUAGUCUAGUGAUUAAGGUCAUAUGAGUCCAACUUUGUGAAGAAAUUGGUGUUUUAUUAACUGUGGUGUACGGUCAUGGUCGUCUCAUCAGUCUAGCUAGUUAGUACACGAAAUUAACCUUCAUGCAUGCAUGCAUAUAUUACUUAGUAGUAGCACUUAAGCUUGUAGGUUAGAGUUUUGUGGUACCAUGCGCUCUUAAGGGAGAGUGCAUGGGAAGUGGUAUAGUUGCUGCUUAUUUUUCAUAUGCAGCUUCUAUAUAUAUCUCCCAAUGGUAAAACAUUUUCAUGGGGUAUGUCUAUGUGUAGUCCAGAGAAAGCUCAUAGAGCUGCACGACGAGUUUAGUUACAUCGAUCUGCAUGCAUGUAUUCUAACUUAGUUCAAUCCAAUUCUCCCAUAUAUAUAGCAUGCAUCACUUCACCAUUUAAGGCAGCCAGGUUGGGCCCAAGCAGCCAAUUAGCUCGGACGAACGUACAAUUACGAUUAAUUGUUGGGACCAGAUAAUCGAGUCACAAGACAUAUACUAGUAGUAUUAUUGUCUCAUCGAUCUCAUUAUGUGACUACUGUUAUACUCAAUCCGUUUCAAAAUAAGUGACCUGAAUUUGUAUAAGAAUAUAUACAAAUCUACGUUACUUAUUUGAGACGGAGGGAGUAUAUGCAAUGAGCUAAUGCACGUGCAAUGCAUAUUUGCACGGACGCCUUCACAGAAGUUUAACAUGGUCUUAAUUCAUCGUGUUGAUGUCA